GGCACUGACUGGCAUCACUGCUGGGCACUGACUGGCGGCACUGACUGGCACAACCGCUGGGCACUGACUGGUGGCACUGACUGGCAGCACUGCUGGGCUGCACUGGUGGGUGGCACUGGUGGGCAGCACUGGUGGGUGGGCACAGGUGGGUGGCACUGGUGGGCACAGGUGGGUGGGCACAGGUGGGUGGCACUGCUGGACACAUGUAGGUGGCACUUCUGGGCACAGGUAGGUGGCACUGCAGAGUGGCACAGGUGGGCGGAGCUAGUGGGCGCACUGCUGGGCACAGGUGGGCGGAACUUGCGGGUGGCACUGCUG